AUGAAGGUUGGAGCAUCGGUAUUUGCUAGUAAUAUUGGAAGUGAGCACUUCAUCGGUAUGGCUGGUUCUGGAGCAGCUGGAGGAAUAGGAGUAGCAGCCUAUAACACUAGCGCCAACAUAUUAUUGCCAUUUCUUGGUUUUAUUGUAGUUCCUGUCUACAUAGCAGGAGGGAUCUCAACAGUUCCGGAGUACAUCCAUAGRAGGUUCGGAGGACAAAGAAUACGCAUGUGGCUAUCGACUCUGUCGAUGUUUCUCUACGUCUUCACUAAGAUAUCUGUUAACCUGUACGCUGGAGCACUGUUUGUUCGUUUGGCGUUAGGAUGGGAUCUGUACUUCGCUAUUCUUCUAAUGUUAUUUAUUACUUUCCUUUGUACUGUAACAGGUGGAUUAACUGCCGUCAUCUAUACUGAUACGUUGUGUACCAUUCUAAUGGCUGUGGGUUCUCUAAUAGUCAUGACAAUGGGUUUUUCUAAAGUUGGUGGUUACAGCGGUCUUAAGGAGAAGUACAUGCACUCCAUGUCCAACGACACUCUGUAUUCCAACAGUACAUGUGGAAGACCAAGGAAGGAUGCGUUCAUCAUGUUGAGAGAUCCCCUCUCUGACGUUCCAUGGCCUGGACUUAUCUUUGGUCAGACCUUCUCGUCUAUCUGGUAUUGGUGUGCUGAUCAGGUCAUUGUCCAACGUGUUCUAGCAGCCAAAAGUCUGUCUCAUGCACAAGGCGGGUGUAUAUUUGCAUCAUACAUUAAGAUUCUUCCUCUCUUUACGCUGGUCAUCCCAGGAAUGAUCAGCCGUGUUUUGUCUCCAGAUCGAGUGGCUUGCAGUGUUCCUGAGAAGUGUCUCAAGAUCUGUGGUAGUGARGCAGGAUGCAGUAACAUCGCUUAUCCAGAACUCGUUAUUAAAAUUAUGCCAACAGGUKACUACGUCUCUAUGAUUUUGAGAAGAAUUUCUUAG